AUGGAUGAAUAUGAAUAUAACUAUAGCUACGAUAUAGAAAAUUAUGGAAGUAAUUUUGAUGAUAAUAUUAUGAGUUAUAAUGAUGCUAAUUGCUUAAAUGUGGAAAGGCCUUUUAAUAAUUUUGAAGAUAAUUUUUAUUUAUCUGAUGAAGAUAUAGAAAAAGACAAGGAAAAAGAAUAUUUUUCAUCCAUAAAUAAUAAUAGCACUUUAAAAAAUGAAAAAGAGUUAGAUAAAAUUAUUAAUAAAAAUUCAAUUUUUAAGAAAAGAAAAGUUUAUAAUGAUUCCAUUUUUAAUAAUAAAAAAGUUAAAAAAAAUGAAGACUUAUGUAUUAUAUGUUUAAAAAAUGAAAAAAAAUAUAAAUUUACUUGUUGCUAUGAAUAUUAUUGCUCAUUACAAUGUUUUAAUAAACAUAAUAAAAAGGAAUGCUUAAAGAAAAAAAAAAAUAAAUUAAAUGAAACAAAAAAUGCAAAUAAUUAUGAUAAUAAUAAUAGUACAAAUAAUAACUUUUAUGCUUUAAAUAACAAUAAUAUUUAUGAAUCAAAUGAAGAUUACACAGAAGACAAUAUUCUAACAGAAGAGCAAAAACUUAAGCUAAAAGAAGAUUUAGAAUUAAAGUUAUUGCUAAAAAAUAAGUAUGUUCGUUCAGUUUUUAAUCAGUUUAUAUCAUCGAAUGAUAAAAUAUCAUAUUUGUCCCAUUAUGUAAAUGACCCAGUAAUUAUUCAAGUUAUUGAUCAAAUUAUGAAAACAAUAGAUAACUGA